AUGGCGAUCUGUACUUAUAACGCACGUACGCUUGCAUCGGAAGAGGCCAUCGAAGAUCUGAUAAUGCAAGCCAAGAAGAUCAAGUACGACGUCAUCGGACUGACCGAGACGAGACGACGAACAUGCGACAGUAGAGGUGUUGGUGGAGUUGGCGUCCUCGUCAACACGAGUAUGGCAAAGAACAUCGACUCUUUCGAACAACUUACGACCCGAAUCGGACGUCUGCGGAUGAGACGAUGUGGUCCAACACCAGCUUUGACUAUCUUCGUCGCUUACGCUCCAACAUCAUGCUACGAUGAAGAAGAAGUCGAAGCUUUUUAUAUGGACCUGGAGAAGUUCUACCGAGAAGAUAAUGUCUUUUACAAGGUCAUAAUUGCCGAUUUCAACGCCAAAGUUGGCCCAAGAAGAACGCCGGAGGAACUUCAUAUCGGGACCCACGACCUACAAUGGAACGACCAGGGGGAGAGGCUCUCCGAGUUCAUCAUGACGACUAGCACCAUCCAUGGGAACUCGCAAUUCCAGGAGGCCUUCUCUCUACGCUGGACGUGGGAGUCACCCGGUGGAUUCUACCGUAAUGAAAUAGACCACAUCAUCGUCAAUAAAAGGUUCUGCCUGACGGACGUCGCUGUUGUACCAAAGUUCUAUACGGGAUCGCACUAUCGCCUCCUCCGAGGAAGAUUUUCCCUCACAAGGAGAGCAGAGAAAGCCGCCAAGUUCAGAGAGAGAAAUCCCAGAACUACCAGCGGCUGGGAUCUCUUCGCUACGUUAGCUGGCUUUUGGGAAUAUUCCGCAAUGAACAACAUCGACAUCGACGAGCAAUAUGACCGGCUUGUUGAACACCUUCACGACUGCGCGAAGAAGGCUGAGAGUCUUAAAACCACCAAGAGACGCCUGUCUCUUGAAACUCUUGAGCUGAUACGCCAGCGUGGAGCAGCACGAGCCGCAGGGAACCAAGAACUCACGUCCGUGCUCGCAAGACUUUGUAGAGAGGCGAUAAAGGAAGACCUUAAAGAGAGAAGAGCAGAAGUGCUGGCUGAAGCUGCAGAGGCGGGGAAAAGCAUCCGCUAUGCCCGUCGAAGCUUCGCCAGUCGCAAGACAAGGAUGACUGCUCUCCGGAACCCGAAGGGAACAACCAUUGCAUCGAGAAGGAGGAUGGAGAAAAUCACCUACGAUUUCUACUCUGAUCUCUUCGACAGCCAUGCCCACUUGCCUCCUGAGCAUCUGAGGGAAGACGGACAUGUCAUUUCAGAGGUUCUCCCGUGCGAAAUACGACAUGCCAUCAUGUCGGUAAGAAAUCGUACGGCACCCAGUCCCGACAGAAUAAGACCAGAACAACUGAAGAACCUUCCGCCAGUACUCAUCAACACCUUGGCGAGGCUCUUUACACGUUACCUGUCGGAAUGCAUGGUUCCUAAACAGUGGAAGACCAGCAAGACCGUGUUGCUGUACAAAAAGGGAGAUCCACAUGACAUCGGCAACUAUCGCCCAAUGUACUUGGAGAGUUGUACAGUAACUUCACGACUGGAAUUUCGCCAUUCUACAAGAAUAUCAUCAUUGGCGUAA